CAAACAACUCCGAAAGUUUAAUGAACAAAGGUGAAGCAGAGUCAACCCUUUGACAAGCUCAUUAUCCAUUCCUCGUCUUCAUCCCCAUCACCAGUUUUCUCACACCUUCCCCUGUCUCUGCAAUCUCUUAAACGGCCUUCAAUGGUCAGACAUAGCUUUCGAGUUUAGCCUGAAAAGAGCAUGUCUUCUUGUCUUCUUCCUCAGUUCAAGUGCCCUCCUGAUUCUUUCUCUAUCCAAUUCAGAACCUCUCACUCUGUCUCAAAACACAAUAAGGGUUCAGUCUUCUUCCAACCACAAUGUGCAGUAUCCACUUCACCGCCCUUGUUAACUUCCGUUCUUGAUGUGGCCAAGAUUAGACUACCUUCUUUUGAUACUGAUUCAAAUCCAAGAGUAUCAGACAGGCAAUGGACUUAUACAGGAACCAUUGGUCCUUCCACUGAGGCGAAGUAUUUAGAAGCUGAAACACUUCUCACAAGUGAUGAAUCAGUAGUUGCUGCAGCAGCAGCUGAAGCAGUGGCUCUUGCUAGAGCCGCUGUCAAAGUUGCAAAAGAUGCCACAUUGUUUAGAAACAGUUACAACACGAAAGUACUAGUCUCAUCGACGGCCGCCGGGGAGAAACGGUCCAAGUGGGAUCAGUUUACGGAGAAGGAACGUGCUGGCAUAUUGGGACAUCUAGCGGUUUCAGACACUGGAGUUGUGAGUGAUAGAAUCAUAUCACCACCUGCACCUGAUUGUAACAAAGAGUCUUCUCAUGAUUUAGAAUCAGAUAAAAAAGAAGUUGAUGUGGAGGAGGUUUCAGUGAGUUCAGCUGUGAGAUCUACACGCCAAACCGAAAGGAAAGCUCGGAGGGCAAAAGGGUUAGAGAAAACUGCAUCAUGUAUGCAGUCUUCUGUGAAGACUAGUUCCAGCUCUAGAAAGAAACGUGUUGCUUCACAGGAGAUUGACCAUAAUGAUCCUUUGCGUUAUCUAAGGAUGACAACAAGCAGUUCGAAGCUUCUCACUGCCAGAGAAGAAACCGAGCUCUCUGAAGGAAUACAGGAUCUUCUGAAGCUGGAAAGGCUUCAAGCAGAGCUGACUGAGCGUUGCGGCCAUCAGCCAACCUUUGGACAAUGGGCUUCUGCUGCUGGAGUUGAUCAAAAGACUUUGAGGAAACGUAUAAAUCACGGCACACAAUGCAAGGACAGAAUGAUUAAAAGCAACAUUCGUCUCGUCAUUUCCAUUGCCAAGAACUAUCAAGGAGCUGGGAUGAACCUCCAAGAUCUUGUCCAGAAAAAUGCAUCACAGGAAGGAUGCAGAGGGCUUGUGAGGGGUGCAGAGAAGUUUGAUGCUACAAAGGGUUUUAAAUUUUCAACUUAUGCGCAUUGGUGGAUCAAGCAAGCAGUGAGGAAGUCUCUCUCUGAUCAGUCCAGGAUGAUAAGAUUGCCUUUUCACAUGGUGGAAGCAACAUACCGGGUGAAAGAGGCAAGAAAGCAACUGUACAGUGAAACAGGUCAGCAACCAAAGAAUGAAGAAGUUGCAGAGGCGACAGGGCUAUCGAUGAAACGGCUCAUGGCGGUUCUCCUCGCCCCUAAGCCUCCUAGGUCGUUAGACCAGAAGAUCGGAAUCAACCUAAACCUCAAACCUUCGGAAGUGAUAUCAGAUCCUGAAGCGGAAACUUCAGAGGAUAUUCUGAUAAAGCAGUUCAUGAGGGAGGACUUGGACAAAGUGUUGGACUCGUUGAGUACAAGGGAGAAGCAGGUGAUACGUUGGAGAUUUGGGAUGGAAGAUGGGAGGAUGAAGACGUUGCAAGAGAUUGGCGAAACGAUGGGUGUGAGCCGUGAGAGAGUGAGGCAGAUCGAAUCCUCUGCCUUCAGGAAACUCAAGAACAAGAAGAUAAACAAUCACUUGCAGCAAUACUUGGUUUCACAAUAACUUUUACCAUUUACUAAUGUUUUGUGCAUAGAACCAGAUUAUAAUUCAUUUUCCCAGUCAUAUAAAGUAAACAUUCAUCA